AUGGAAGAAAAUGAUCUAUAUACAGAAAGUAAAUCAUUAUCAACUGUUCAUUGUCCACCUAUAAAACAAUCAAUUGUUACGAAAAAAAAUGAUAAAAGUCCAUCACCGUCUCGAAGCUUUGAUUUUUAUGGUGAAAAUGCAAAAAGACAAAAAAGUUGCACUCAACUAACAUCAAGAUCUGUCACUAUACGAUGGACUGAACAUUCGCUUGGUUCUCAUUCAACUGUACCGAGUAGAACGAGCUUUGAACAAUUAUUACAUUGGUUUACAAAUUCUUGGUCAGAAGCCGAGCAAAAUGAUUUUCUUCGUCGACUUAUUGUUAAAUUUGACGAAAGACAACAAUACUUUGUUUCAUGUGUAAUCACGCAACGUCGUUAUCGUGAUUUUAUUAGUCUAUUACCUCAAUCAGUUGUAUUUGAAAUAUUAAAGACUUUAACUCUUCAAGAAUUAUCACGAAGUCGUGAAGUAUGUAAAAAUUGGAAAUCAAUUGUUGAUCGUGAGCCCGAUCUUUGGAAACCAAAAGAUGAAACUAAAACAGCAGAAAUGGAUAAAACCAUACAAGUUGAUUGGGAAAAAGUUCAUAAACAAAAUUUAGCUACAAAACGUAAUUGGCUAGCAGGAACAGCUCAACUUAUCAAAUGUGCAGGACAUAAAGAAAGGUAA